AUGGCAUUGUAUUUCAAUACUUAUCUGAUUAGCGUUAAACAAAGUCGUAGAAAAAGCAGUAGACCAUGGAGAAGGAGUACAAACUUAAGAUGUCUGAUACAUUCCGGAAAAUGAGUGCAAUUUACUUUAUUGUGGGCUUGUGGAAGAUCGACCAAUGGAAGGCCUCUUUCCGGCAGAUCUUCGCCUUUCUUUUAUUUGUAAUAUGCAUGAUAUCAAUAUGCGUGAAAGCUUUUAAAACGGACGACAAAGAUGAGUCUGUAUUUCUGGGAGUGACUACUCUUAUUGGCUUAAUACAAAUCUAUCGGUUGUACUACAUUAUAUGGAAUGAAAAGAAAGUCAUUGACUUGAUGUAUGCAAGCAGUACUAGCUGUACUGACGAUUAUGAAACAUUUUUCCACGUUAACAAGAAAUUGGCAAACUUCACGACAUUCACCAAGUGUUUCUUGGUCGCAACGUUCGCUUUGUUUAUUAUCACAGCGUUCACUCCGCUACUGACAAAGCAAUUAAUCUUCAACUUCGCUUUUCCUUUAGACUACAAAACUGAUGAGGGAGCGUUUUGGAUAGCUUACGUAUUUAUUGCCACAUCAUUUCUAUUGUCUGUGACUUGUUGUUUGUUCACAAGUAUGGUUUGGUACAUUAUGAUGAACUUUGUGGUUAAAUUUGAGCUGCUCGGCAACGACUUUAAAAAUUUGGUCGUGGUGCGAAUAGAAAAACAAGAUGCGGACAGUUUGACGAAUCGUCAAGCAAAACAAACGCUUUACCUCCGACAUCUGAUUGAAGCGAUCAAAAGUCUAGAAAGUACCACUGAACUUCUCGAGGAGUUUGCAUCAACCUUUUCCAAUCUAUUUCUACUGCAAAUAUUCACAAGUAGCCUUUGUAUCUGUGGGGGAGUCUACAGUUUGGCAUUUAGCUCUCACGACGAUCCCAUUCAGGAUGGAUUUUACGCUAUAGUUCUCUUCUAUUGCUUCUUCGACACGUUUACCCUGAUGUACUUGGGUAACGAAAUAAUGUUUUCUUCUGACAGGUUGUCUUACUGUCUUUUUGAGUCCAACUGGAUAGAACAGACGCAAUGUUGCAAACGGAGUAUUAUUAUCGUGGUCGAACGCUUAAAACAGCCGCAACAGAUAAUUGUGUGUAAACUAUUUCCGUUGACUUUGGAAUCAUUUUCGAUCAUAGUUAACCGUGCGUACAGCAUGUUCAAUAUCCUGCAAAAUUUUCGAACAUGACCAAUCCCUAGACAAUUCGGCUCAUCCCAUUCUGAGAGUAAUUGUUGUCAGCAU